AGAGAGAGAGAAUAUGGGUUCAGCAUCCGAAACCGUUUGCGUUACAGGGGCUGCUGGUUUCAUUGGAUCAUGGCUUGUCAUGAGACUCAUCGAACAUGGCUAUAAGGUUCGAGCCACCGUACGCGACCCAGCUAACAUGAAGAAGGUGAAGCAUUUGCUAGAACUGCCAGGUGCAAAUACCAACCUGACUCUCUGGAAGGCUGACCUAGCGGUAGAGGGAAGCUUUGACGAAGCCAUUAAAGGUUGCACAGGAGUUUUCCAUGUGGCUACACCCAUGGAUUUUGAGUCGAAGGACCCUGAGAACGAAGUGAUCAAGCCUACAAUAAACGGAUUACUAGACAUAAUGAAAGCAUGCGAGAAGGCUAAAACUGUGAGAAGAAUAGUAUUCACUUCCUCAGCGGGAACUGUGGACGUUACAGAGCACUCAAAAACUGUGAUCGAUGAGACCUGUUGGAGUGACGUUGACUUCUGUAGAAGGGUGAAGAUGACUGGCUGGAUGUAUUUCGUUUCAAAGACGUUAGCGGAGCAAGAAGCGUGGAAAUUUGCCAAAGAGCAUAACAUAGACUUCAUCUCAGUAAUUCCACCUCUCGUCGUUGGUCCCUUUCUUAUGCCAACAAUGCCACCUAGCCUAAUCACUGCUCUUUCACUCAUCACAGGGAAUGAGGCCCAUUACUCGAUCAUAAAGCAAGGCCAAUUUGUCCACUUAGAUGACCUUUGUCUUGGUCAUAUAUUCCUAUUUGAACAUCCAAAAGCUGAAGGGAGAUACAUAUGCUCUGCAUAUGAGACCACCAUUCAUGACAUUGCAAGAAUGAUUAACCAAAAAUACCCAGAGUACAAUGUCCCCACAAAGUUCAAGGAUAUUCCAGAUCAAUUGGAAAUUGUUAAAUUUUCUUCCAAGAAGAUCAUAGACUUGGGGUUCAAAUUUCAGUACAGCUUAGAGGACAUGUACACAGGAGCCGUUGAAACCUGCAUAGAAAAAGGGCUUCUUCCUAAACCUGAAGAAACUCCAGUUAGUGGCAUCACGCAGAAAUAAAUAUGGUUUCGUGUUUUUGGGCCCCUGAAGAUGUCUUUGGAUCUUGC